ACUAAGGAACUGGGAGGUGUGGCAAGGAAUCAUUUUAAAGAAGGCAGUAUUUGGGGAGGACAGACCCUGGCAUAGUGUUCACAACCAAGAGAAGGUUAUCACAAAGCAAUUUGCUCUGACAUGGUUGGAGAAAAUCUCCCAAGAAGCAUUAGCUGAAAGUGCUACAUUUGUCACCAGGGUGCCUGGCAUUUCAUACUUUGCUUCGAAAAAAAAAAAAAAAAAAAAAACAAGACACGUAACUAAUUAGAAAAGUUGUAUACGGAGAGAGGUCACAGCAUUGUUGGAGGAAGGAAAAAAGAAGAAAAACAAAGAUCUGCGAUUGCUGCAAAAAAUGAUAUUGGAUCUGAAAGGCUGCGUUCAGGAGAAUGAGACAUUAGACAUAGAGCUGCACAGGAUGAAAGACAAGUGACAUGUAGCCUAUGGACAGAAACCACAAGAAGAGGAGAUUAUGUUCCUUAUAUUAACUGUUUUCUGGACAUUAUUUUUAUUCACCGGCUUACAUCAUGCCAAAGGAAUAGAGCAAUGGGACUGCCAGGGAAGUUAUCAAUACCUAGGUAAUAACCGGUCUACUUGUAACGGUCCACCACCUUUCCUGUUGUUCAGCCGUGGAAAAGAUAUUCUUAGCAUUGACAUUGAUGGCACUAAUCUCAAGACCAUAGUGCGGAGCGCAGGAUCUUCGGUGUUGCUGGAUUUUGACUAUCAGGAACAAAGACUUUACUGGCUUGAUCCUAACAGAGGAUUUAUACAGAGGAUAUUGUUAAAUAAAAGUAAACGUGAGAGAAUGCGUGCUGUAAUAAAAGGGGCAACACAAUUCACAGUGGAUUGGAAAAACAGGAAUAUUUACUGGUCUAACCAGCAGAAGGGAACCAUAGAGUGGACUGACAUGAGUGGAAAGAAAGCUAGAAUCCUUCUGAGAGGUUUAGUUCAUCCCACCUUCAUUUCUGUUGAUCCAGUAGAGGGAUUGCUCUUCUGGACAUCCAGUAGUUUGAUGUCAGUGAUUCAAAAAUCUAACCUGAAUGCAACUACCAUAAUAUCUGUUGCUGAAAUGAGAGGAGAUAUUAAAGCCCUUGCACUGGACACAGCAGCUAAGAAAAUAUACUGGAUCUUAUCUAAUGAAGAAGACGCAGACCAAAGCAUUGGCUCUUGUACUUACUAUGGGGAUUCUGUAACAGUAAUCAAGAAAAUAGGCCAUUAUCCAAGACAAAACAAUUGGGGACUUUCAGUUUUCUCAGACUAUAUCUACUAUACAGAGAGAAAAUCCUCUUCCAUUUGGACUCUAAAUAAAUAUACAGGAAAAGAGACUGUAAUAAUAACUUUAAGACCAUCCGUGGCAGACAUCACAGAUAUAAAGAUAGUGCCUCAGCUGACAUCAAGCUAUCCUUACACAUUCGGGUCAGACGUGUGUGCCUUAGUGAAUGACCUUUGUACAGAAACAUGCCAAAUCAGCGGAGUGAGCCAGCAGUGCACAUGUAAGGACGGGUUUCAACUUUCUUAUGAUGGCAAACACUGUGAAGAUAUUAAUGAAUGUGCCUUAUGGAGCCAUGGCUGCACUCUAGGCUGUGAAAAUAUCCCCGGCUCUUAUUACUGUAGCUGUCCAAAAGGUUAUGUCCUUCUCCCAGAUAACAAGUCAUGCCAUGUCCUGCAGAAUGCAUUGGUCAGUCAUAAUUUUAAACCACCUACAGAUGAUACACCAUGUGUACAGGAUAAGAACUGCAGUCAUGGCUGUGUACAGACAGCGGGAGGACCUGUCUGUUUCUGUCCUGAAGGGUCGGUUCUUGGAAGUGAUGGCAAAACAUGCAGAGGUUGUUUUUCUCCAGACAAUGGAGGAUGUAGCCAGAUAUGCAGGAGAUCCAGAGAUGACAGCUGGGAAUGUGAUUGUUUUCCAGGUUAUAUUCUUCAGGAGGACAAGAAAAGUUGUCUUGCUUCAGGUCGUACAGGUCCUCGGCCAUUUCUACUGUUUGCAAAUAUGCAAGACAUACAGAGAAUGAACUUUGAUGGGACACAGUAUGAAAGUCCUUUGGCCUCACAGAUGGGGAGAGUCUUGGCACUGGAUUACGACCCUGUGGAAAAUAAGAUUUACUUUGCACACACAGCUCUGAAGUGCAUUGAAAGUGCAAAGAUGGAUGGCAGUGGUCGUGAAAAGCUGAUUGUAGAAGCCAUGGACACACCAGAGGGUCUUGCUGUUGAUGCCAUUAACAGAAAACUUUACUGGACAGAUAGAGGAAAAUCUUGUAUAGAAGUCAGUGAUUUGAAUGGAUGGAACAGGAAAAUUAUUGUAAAGGAAAAUAUACAGCAGCCAAGAGGAAUUUGUGUUCAUCCAAGGGCUGGGAGAAUAUUUUGGACAGAUAUCGGACCCAAUCCCCAUAUAGGAAGCUGCAGUCUAGAUGGUCGUGUAAGGAUGGAUGUGAUCAGCUCGAAUUUAAUAUGGCCUAGUGGGAUUACUGUGGACAUCCUCACAAAUAAACUGUACUGGUGUGACACCAAGAGAUCGGUUGUUGAAUUUUCUGAUUUGGAUGGAUCCAACCGACUCGUUCUUUCCCAGAAUGAUGUAGGCCAUCCUUUCGGUAUAGCAGUAUUUGAGGAUCAUAUAUGGUUGUCUGACUGGCUGCAGCCAUCUCUAGUAAGAAUGCACAAGAGAGAAGGAAACAGCUGGAUACGUGUGCAGGGCAACAUGAAGAGGCCUUCAGCACUUGUAGUUGUACACCCUUUGGUGAAGCUAGCCAUUACUGACAACAUCCCCAAACCUAGAAAAGACAUAACUGUAGGCAACGACACGACAUAUGAUGAGCUCUUCCUCCAUGGCCCACUAACCACUGUCUUCUAUGGGGGAGUUGAUGAUUCUCAUGCCAGUAAUGCUCUGGUUGCUGAAAUAUUGGUGUCAGAUGAGCGUUUCUGUGUACACAUCCAGUGUGAUAUCAAUGCACGCUGUGCGCUAUCAGAAGAUGGACCAAGAUGCCAAUGCUUGGAAGGCUAUACUGGAAAUGGAAGGACCUGUAAUGAUAUUGAUGAAUGCCUUUUACAAAUUACGGCUUGUGACCUACACGGAGCAGAAUGUAUUAAUAUGGAGGGUGGUUAUAUCUGCAAAUGCAUGGAAGGUUUUCUGGGAAAUGGUCUUGAGUGCAGUGAGUCCUUCACAACUGCAGGCACUGUUAAUAUGACCGUAAAUGACACAUCAGGAAGGAGUCACACAAAGGAAUGUCCUGCCUCCCAUGAUCAUUUCUGUUUCCAUGGAACGUGCAGAUACUUCCCGGAUCUAGACGAAUAUGCUUGUGUUUGUAUUCCAGGAUAUUUUGGCGAGCGAUGUCAGACUGAGGAUCUGAAGUGGUUGGAGAGGCAAACUACCCAGCUAAAGAUUCGCAAUGUCACCAUUAGUGUUUCAGUGAUUGUCCUCCUCCUUGUUCUGGGACUUGUUUUUUUCGCAGUAUACUAUUACAGGCAUCAGCUCAAGCAAAGCAGAAACACUGGCAGACGCCACGGCGAGCAGCAUUAGCAGCGAGUGGAAGGCGGCCUACGUGUCCAGUGAGGCUGAGAAAUCGGGGAAUGGACAUGUUAUUGGUCUACAGAGUGUGGCCCAAGCACCCUGUCAUGUAUAAACUAAUAGUGAAUUGGACAAAGAUCUAACUGUGAAUAAAUCACUAAGGAUUCCACAGUCCAGACGAGAACAGAUUCACUCUUCUCCAUGCUUUUCUCACCUGGAAAAUAAUGUGCAGAUGCUCACCUAUGGAAAAUAUUUGGGAAUCGGGUAAUAUGUGGGAGUAGACUGUUGUAUUGCCAAAAGGGCUGGUAUGUCAAAUAUUCCCAGGUACCUGGAUUAUUGUGAUAUCAUUAUGCCCGCAACUACUGAACAAGGCAAACAUUUUUUGUGUAGAGAUGGCCCCUAUGUAUGACCCACUCCUAAUGAAGCUAGAUGUUAUGUUUCCAUUAAUGUAUAUAUUGUCUAAUACUGCUGAAAUGAACACAAAAACAAAUGCAUUGCAUACAUCUCUUGUGAAAUACAUAAGUCAUCUCUACUGUGUCUACAGCUGCUGUUAAUAUAGUCCACAACCACAGAUAUAAGUAUGUUACAUUUACAAAGGACAUUGAUCAUAAGACACCAAUACAAAUGCAUUACGACAUGUAAAGGAGCACAAAACCUAAGGAGCGAAGGUCCGCAGAUCUGGACAUAUAUAUAAGAUAAAGUAGCGAUCAUGGGAGGAGAAAUAUUUCCGACAUUAAUCUAAUUGAAGAACACCAAAGUUAGCCUCUCCUGGUCUGAUAACUUGGGAAAAUAGACAGCAUUGUACUGUCCAGAGAAUUUAGGUUUAGUGUCCCUUUAAUGCAGAUACAUAGGCUUUAUCAAAUGUCUUAUUUCCUGAUUGAAUAAAAAAAAUACUUCAGACUA